ACAGCGCGGAGCUGGCGCUGCGGAGCGCAGGGAGCCGAGCCGGUUCCUCCGGCAGGCGUCUGCGAGGACAGCGGCGUCCUAUCCGCUCGGGUUCGGGGGUUUACACAGACGUGGAGCAAUGCUUGUGACUCUGCGGCUCCUCAAAAGCCAGAGGAAGAAGGUGAUGAAGGGCAACAUAACAGAAGAUUGUAUUACCUCUUCUAGACCAAGACCUGGACCAGGAAGCCACAUCCAUGAAUGUGCCCUGGGGACCCUGAACUUCAGCUUUACAGGGCCCCUAGAAGCCUGUUACUCUGCACAUCCCAGGACCUCCGGCCCCAUGGAGCCCCCGAUCCCACAGAGCGUCCCCUUGACUCCCAGCUCAGUCAUGGUCCAGCCCCUCCUGGACAGCCGUACGGCCCACAGCCGGCUCCAGCACCCUCUCACCAUCCUUCCCAUCGACCAGAUGAAGACCAGCCAUGUGGAGAACGACUACAUCGACAACCCUGGCCUGGCACCCCCCUCUGGCCCCAAGCGGACCCGGGGUGGCGCCCCAGAGCUGGCCCCAACCCCAGCCCGCUGUGACCAGGACAUCACCCACCACUGGAUCUCCUUCAGCGGGCGCCCCAGCUCUGUGAGCAGCAGCAGCAGCACGUCCUCCGACCAGCGCCUCUUAGACCACAUGGCGCCCCCACCCAUGGCUGAUCAGGCCUCCCCGAGGGCUGUGCGCAUCCAGCCCAAGGCCAUCCACUGCAAGCCGCUGGACCUUAAGGGCCCCUCUGGCCCCCCAGAGCUGGACAAGCACUUCUUGCUGUGCGAGGCCUGCGGGAAGUGUAAGUGCAAGGAGUGCGCGUCCCCCCGGACGUUGCCCUCCUGCUGGGUCUGCAACCAGGAGUGCCUGUGCUCCGCGCAGACGCUGGUCAACUAUGGCACCUGCAUGUGCCUGGUGCAGGGCAUCUUCUACCACUGCACCAACGAGGACGAUGAGGGCUCCUGCGCCGACCACCCCUGCUCCUGCUCCCGCUCAAACUGCUGCGCCCGCUGGUCCUUCAUGGGUGCCCUGUCCCUGGUGCUGCCCUGUCUGCUCUGCUACCUGCCCGCCACUGGCUGUGUGAAGCUGGCCCAGCGCGGCUACGACCGCCUGUGCCGCCCCGGGUGCCGCUGCAAGCACACGAACAGCGUCAUCUGCAAGGCAGCCGCUGGGGACGCCAAGGCCAGCAGACCCGACAAGCCUUUCUGAUGCUCGGGGACAAGCCCAGCGCUCCGCCUGGAACCCUGGUUCCCUUCUGACACCUGAGAAGAGCACCAUGGCACAGCCAGAGGUUUUAGCAUCCUGAGGCUGACCCUGCCACUCCACCCACCCCCC